AUGACCGUCGUCGCAGGAGACAACAUGGACGAGACGUCGGCGGUGCCGGGGCACCCGCAGGACACCUAUCCCCCGGACCACGACGACCACGAAUGCUGCGAGAGGGUGGUGAUUAACAUAGCCGGGCUCCGGUUUGAGACGCAGCUCAAAACUCUGUCACAGUUUCCAGAGACUUUGCUGGGGAACCCCAAAAAGAGGAUGCGCUUUUUCGAUCCCCUUAGAAACGAAUACUUUUUUGACCGAAACCGUCCAAGUUUUGACGCAAUUCUCUACUACUACCAGUCCGGGGGGAGGCUACGGAGGCCGGUGAAUGUCCCCCUGGAUAUGUUUUCGGAAGAGAUAAAGUUUUACGAGCUCGGAGUGGAUGCGAUGGAAAAAUUCCGUGAGGACGAGGGCUUCAUCAGAGAGGAGGAGCGCCCUUUACCCGAGAAGGAAUUCCAACGUCAAGUUUGGCUCCUCUUUGAGCACCCUGAGAGUUCGGGCCCGGCCAGAGGCAUCGCCAUAGUAUCCGUGAUGGUCAUCCUAAUAUCAAUCGUCAUAUUCUGUUUAGAGACUUUACCCGAGCUAAAAGAUGACCCCAGGGGCCGCUUGGAGACCCGAGGCAACAUCACAUUUUUUUACAAGCCAAAUAUCCUCACAGACCCCUUCUUCAUCAUCGAGACCCUCUGCAUCAUCUGGUUCUCCUUUGAGCUGAUUGUGCGCUUCCUGGCGUGCCCUAGCAAGCCGGCCUUCUUCAAGAACAUGAUGAACACCAUCGACAUCGUGGCCAUCAUCCCGUACUUCAUCACGCUGGGCACGGAGCUGGCCGAGGACCCCGAUAGCCCGGAGGCCACGGGGGAGCAGGCCACUUCUCUGGCCAUCCUCAGGGUGAUCCGCCUGGUCAGAGUGUUCCGAAUCUUCAAGCUGUCCCGCCACUCCAAGGGCCUGCAGAUCCUGGGCCAGACGCUGAAGGCCAGCAUGCGGGAGCUGGGGCUGCUGAUCUUCUUCCUGUUCAUCGGGGUCAUCCUGUUCUCCAGCGCCGUGUACUUCGCCGAGGCCGAGGAGGAGAAGUCCUACUUUGACAGCAUCCCGGACGCCUUCUGGUGGGCCGUGGUGUCCAUGACGACGGUGGGCUACGGGGAUAUGGUCCCGGUCACCAUCGGCGGCAAGAUCGUGGGCUCGCUGUGCGCCAUCGCCGGGGUGCUGACCAUCGCCCUGCCGGUGCCCGUCAUCGUGUCCAACUUCAACUACUUCUACCACAGGGAGACGGAGGGCGAGGAGCAGGCCCAGCUGCUGAACGUCAGCAACCCCAACAUCCCGUCCGAGACCAACUCCAGCCGCCGCAGCUCCUCCGCCGUCAGCAAGUCCGAGUACAUGGAGAUCGACGGGGAUAUAAACAACAGCAUCGACAACUUCAGAGAGGCAAACCUCAGAACUGGCAAUUGCACUAUAGCCAAUCAGAACUGCGUGAACAAAAGCAAGCUCCUCACCGACGUGUAA